UGGCCUUGCGGGUUUUAAUUCUUUUGGAGAUCUCUGCUUUUUCGGGGACGCUUUUUGACGGAUGAUUUUUGGAGAGACUGGACUGCGAAGAGUUUCAAUGUUCUGACUUGGUCUAAGAUGAAGGUAUGGAAGCUGGCAGCUAUAGCCUCGAUGCUCUUCAGUUCCAUGUUGUCCGUUUUGGUUUGUAGAGACUUGUUCACCAGGAGCCAGGAGCACACCCUCUUCUCCUCGUCGCUGUUUUCGAGAACCUCGUCGUCUUCCUCGCUCGCUGACGGCCACAGGAGGCACCCAAGGGCUCUGGGACGCCGCGGGUCGCUGAUCUCCCAGUACAGCACGUUGUUCGAGAGCUACACGGAGGGAGAAAUCCGCCACCUCAUCUCCACGCUGAUCGAGAGGUACAGCCAGUCCAUGAAUUCGGGGGGCCACGAACUGCCGCUCUUUGCCAAAGGCGGCAACCGGAUGAAACGCGCGAAGGCCCGCCACAAGCCCUGCUCCCUCAAGGAGUUGGAGGUGACUGUCAGCGAGUUGGGCCUCGGGUACAAGUCGGACGAGACGGUCCUCUUCCGCUACUGCAGCGGCACCUGCGACUCGGCCGUGCGCAACUACGACCUGUCCCUCAAGAACGUGAGGAGCAUGCGGAAGAUCAAGAAGGAGAAGGUGAGGGCCCGGCCGUGCUGCCGCCCCCUGUCGUACGACGACGACGUCUCCUUCUUGGACGCUGGGAACCGCUACUACACGGUGAAUGAGGUGUCGGCCAAAGAGUGCGGCUGCGUGUGAUGGAGCAACGGUUGGAGGAGGAAGAGGGGCCUGGCUGCGCACCCAGCGGUGCCCAGACGCUGCUGGUGUGUGGGUGGUUGUCCAAAGGUGGAAGAGGACGCGAGGAGAAGACCGCCAGGGCAUCCCCGCUUGGAGCAGCCAAGGAGACAACUGGAUUUUAAGUCUACCUCAGGGCCAUCAACGGAGGCUAAGGGAAGCCAGCGUCUGGUUGGGGGCCUCCUCAACUGGUUGGGAGCCGGGGAAGCUCUUGAUUCCAGCGGUGCAAGGAAUCCUGUCAAGGGCCUCGCCGGAACAGCCCGUCGCGCUGCCGCGAUGGAGGAACCGGCGCACUCUUGACGCAGCCGGCUGGAGGAACGUCGUUCCAAGCUUCACAGCGGAUCGAAAACAAAAGAGAUCUCUUGCUCAGUGGUCUUUUGGAAGAACAGCCCUCUGGGCAAUGCCCGCUUUGCCCAAGCUGGAGAUCUUUACGGGGAUGGUUCCACAUGGGGCCCGGGUGUCAGGGGCUGUUCCUGCCCAUGCCGCGCCUUCUGAAUCCUGCAGGCGAAGAAGGGUUGAGAGAUUGUGGAGCGCUCCUCCCAUACUUGCAGGGGAGCCAUCCUGCCGCCAUCUUAAAGUACACGCACAGUUAUAAGAGUGCUGUGUAAAAUGUAUGUUUGUAUAUACAUGUAGACAUAGGUUUAAAGUAUUGACAAAUGUGUACAAAAAAAGGCUGCCGUUCCUUUCCAGGCAUUGCAUCAAAUUCUUAACGGAAUCGGCGGCGUCCGGGGGAUUCUGAAAUCGAAGAGCUCAAAUAUUCCACGUUAAACAUUGGAGGGACA